AUGUGCCAUUCGGCUUGCCGCCCCACGGCAUACGCUCCGUGCGUGGCCGCUGGCCGGCAAGGCUUCCGGCUGGGAAGUUCUUGGGCCGCCAGGCCCCCAACAGGGCGGCUUGCUGAGGAGGGGCUCAGGAGGCGCUGGAAGAGCCAGGCAGCUUGCGGUUUGGCGGCUGUCGGAUGCCAUGCAUGGGCCACAUGGGAAGGCAGGAUGAAAGCUACGCAGCGCAACUGCCAGGCGUCCCGGGCUGAGCUUCGGCGUGAUGCCCCGCCUUUCGUUACCCAGCUGCGACGUGUACCUACCGAAUCACGUGAUCUUCAUGUGUUCUUGGAGGAUGCCGUAGCAGAUGGCGAGGUCGUAGAAGUGUUGGAGGUUGAGGGCGAGUUUGCUCGUAUCCUCUCUCCAGACAGGCGUUGUGGAUGGGUGCAAUCCAGGUAUCUUCAAUUUACCACGCCUGCAUCUGGAUCCUCCGCAAGUAGUCGGAAACCCAUGCGAGUCGACGAGUUGCCGGAGGACUUCGAUGUCGUCGAGCCUUUGAUCAUCACAGGAGGCACGCCCGGCGUCAAUGGCUGGAAGGGGCAGCCGCUGUCUCGUUUCCAGAGCUUCGGCACCGUGCUGGCAGCUGCAGCUGCGAGGGCUCGCCUGGCACAGGCCGAGGAGCUCGGCUCCCCGCCCACACGCUGGACCCCGGGCUUUGUGCGCUACCGGCUGGACCGGCCGGCUUGCCCUAUGGUGAUGGGAGUGUAUCCCGAACCGGUCCGCGGCGACUGGACUUUCCGCUGUUCUUCAGACCAACUUCUCCGAGCGAUGGAUGUAAUGGGUUACCUUUCCGUACCGCAGCCCUGUAGCGACCUUCUGGAAGACGUCGUUCCUAGCAGCUGCCUUCCCCGCGGGCCGCGCUUCACGUGCGGGCUGCUGGGACAAGGAGCUGACUUUCCUUUGCAACGGCAUCCGGUGUGCUACGGUCACUGCGUGCUUGUCCUGGCUGGUGAAGUUACAGUGCGCAUGCUGCACGGUGACACUGGUGCUGUCGCACUUUCGGCUGCUACAGGGCUGCUUGGAGCGGCUGUAGCUGCGACAGACCUGUUCGACGACGCCGAGGACCUGCCAGGGCUGGAGCUCAUGGAGGCUUCCCUCCGCGAAGGAGAUGUCCUGAUACUCCCGCCUGGCUGGUGGCAUCAGACGUUGUGCACCGUCGGUCCUGCGGCACUUGCGCUGACGCCCUUCCUGACCGAGGCCACCAUUCCACUUUCUUUGGCGGAGCUGUCAAAGCAUGGCUUGGUGAUUGAGGCAUCCAGAGAGGCAGCCCCUGCGGACGCCCUCCGGGCUUGCCUAUCGACCGUACGUCGAAGCGGUCAGCUCGGGCAAGGGACUUGGCCCUUUGUACUCUCGGCGCUGACUGGCGAGGAGAAAGAGGCAGAGCUGCCUUUCCAGGACCGGCUCUGGAACAUGAUCAAGGCGCAGCCUGCCUUUGCAAGCAGCGGAGCCGUCUUGCCAGCAGAUGCCGACACCUGGCCGCCAGAGGCCUUGAGGAGGUUUGUAGCCUCGGGCGGCUUUCUGAUUCCAGAAGGCCGCACCAAGGAGCCAAGCUGCAGGACGACAAUUCUCAGCGAGUGGAUGGCAAUGCCCAUUCCAUCUCAAGGCGUUGUGGGGAUCGAAGGCGACGCUCCCAGGGUAAUCUGGAUGUACUGGGCCCAGGGCGCCAGCAACCUGGACGGGUUCAGGCGGCUCUGCGUCCACACCUGGAUCGUCCAAAACCCUGGAUGGCAGGUGAUCGUUCUGGAUGCGACGUCCGUGAAGGGCUACAUAGAGGAAGCGGACCUCCCACACUGCUACGAGGAGCUUCCAGCGGCUCAGCAGAGCGACGCACUGCGACUGGCGCUGCUCCAGCGUUACGGCGGCGUCUAUACGGAUGUUGCGACCAUCUGCCUGCGUCCCCUGGAGGAGUGGAUAUGGUCUGAAAUCACGACCGGGCCGCUGGAGAAGGGUUUAGGUGCCUGGUAUCUGGCGUGCUUCGGCAUGGAUCCUGGCAGCAGCCGCGAGUAUGUGGAGAAUUGGUUUCUUGCAGCACGUCGAGGCCAUCCACUGAUUCGAGCCUGGCGGGAACUUUACGUCGAGGGCUGGAAGCUGGCGAGGACACGACAUGACUACCCCACAUCCCCGCUCUUCUGUGAUGUUGACCUCUCCCACAUCAGCAUCGCAGAGCAUCGCGAUUGGCUUCUCAUGCACGUCUGCUUCAAGAAGUUGAUUGAUGAAGACGAAUACCUCAGGCAUCUCUGGUCCGAGGAGAUCACGCUGCUGAAAGCAGAUGUGGGUGCACUCGCGUGGAUGGCUGAUGUUGAUGCAAGCUGCCCAGAGGACUCCGUGCGCCGCUGGAUUUUCAGCCAGGACCUCGAAUGGUCGCAGGCGCAGCUGGAUGCAGCUCCGAUGUUGAAGUUCGUUGGAGAUGCCGCGCAGGCAUUGCAGUGGCAGCCGCAGGAGACGCUCACGGAGCAAGACAACUGCCUCACCCAG